GAGAGCACGAAGACGCAAACGGAGGAGGGAAAUAGGGAGAUCGUUAAAUAGUAUCUCUCUCCUCAGUCGUUACUCAUUUGUUUCUUUCUUCAUUUAAUGCAUAGCUGUAGCUGCUAAAUAAUCAAUCAAAUUGACGCUAUUCAGACUUAAUAUUUAUCUGCUGUCUUUCGUCUGCUUUUCCUUCUUCUAUCAAAACGAGCUCGUUAGGGUUUUACAGAAGAGAAAUGGAAAAGAUCGGUGCGGCUAUGUAUAUUGUUGUUCUAUGUUGAUCGUAGCUUCGCAUGUCGGUUCUUCGUUCACACUUCUAUUUUCCCAAUUUUCUUACCAAAUCGUCGCCUUCGUUUUUGAAAGUGGUGAAUUUCCAGUUUUGAUCAUCCGAAAACAUUUGCAUUAUUUCAAGAAUUUGUUGGAGAAGAUGAAUCACUGUGUUCCGGAUUUUGAAAUUGAGGAUGAUGCUAUCCCGGCUCCAUCUGGAUUAUAUCGACAGAAGAAGUCCACUCUAGACAGUCGUGAAGAAGAGGUUGUAGAACUUCUGUGGCAGAACGGCCAAGUGGUUAUGCAGAGCCAGAGAUCUUCAAGAAAAUCUCCGCCGAAAUUUCCUUUCGAAGAUGCCGUUAUCCCAGCCGGAGGAUCACCGGCAGGGGAAAUUCGAGCUACUACUGCUGCAGCGGCAGCAGAGGAAGAGGCCACGAAUCAGCUGUUCAUGCAAGAAGACGAGAUGGCUGCUUGGUUACAUUAUCCCCUAGAGGAUACGUUCGAGCAAAAUUUCUGUGCUGAUCUCCUAUAUUCUGCUGCGUCCGGUGGUAGUCAGAUUCCUGAAGAACGACGACCGGAAAAUAGACCAACAGCAGUUCAACGGCCACCAAUUCCACCUACAACGCACGCUGAGUUAGAUUCGGCAGCCAAAUUUCAGCAAUUAAUGCAUUUCUCAGUACCAAGAGAGAAAAACGAAUCUCAGCCGUCAAGUUCGAAUAAGCCGGUGAGAGAAUCGACGGUUGUCGAUUCGAGCGUUACACCGGCAGUGGGGCCCAGAUCGGCGGUUGCGCAAACGUCAAGAACCACCGCACAGUUUUAUAGCGGGAAUCUGCGGAGCGGGAGUAUGAGCGGUGAUGGUACAGCAGCGGCUGACGGGGCUAGGGAGUUGGUAAGCUGUGACCAGACUAUGACGUCAUCGUCGGGCGCUUCCGGCGCCAGCGCCGAGCCGUCAACAAAGCCGCCGACGGAUGAUCGAAAGCGGAAGUCGAGAGAACAAGAUGAUAAUGAGUGCCAAAGCGAGGAUGCUGAAUUUGAAUCCGUGGAGACAAAGAAACAAGUCCGUGGAUCAACAUCUGCAAGAAGAAGUCGUGCUGCAGAGGUCCACAAUCUCUCGGAGAGAAGACGUCGAGAUAGGAUAAAUGAGAAGAUGAAGGCAUUACAAGAACUCAUACCUCGAUGUAACAAGUCAGACAAAGCUUCAAUGUUAGAUGAGGCGAUUGAAUAUUUGAAAUCACUUCAAUUACAAGUUCAGCUGUGUCCUUGGCUCAUUAUGUCAGCAAUAACCAGAAAGCACACUGUAGCUGUGAUGUUGUCCAUGGGAUGUGGUAUGGUCCCUAUGAUGUUUCCUGGUGUCCAGCAAUAUAUGUCAACAAUGGGGAUGGGAAUGGGGAUGGGGAUGGGCAUGGAUAUGGGAAUGAACCGACCAAUUCUGCCAUUCCCCUCAGUUUUAGCUGGCUCAACCAUGCCUACACCAGCUGGAGCAGCUCAUAUGGGUCCGAGGCUCCCAAUGCCAGCAUUUCAUCUACCUUCUGUUUCUACUGCUGACCUAUCGAGAAUACGGCCAACUAGUCAGUCAGAUCCUGCAUUAAACUCAACUGGCAUGACGAAUCCCAACCAGAUGCUAGUUCCAAACUUCACUGACCCUUAUCAACACUAUUUUAGUCUCCACCAGAUGCAAGUAGCACCACAUCAGAUUCAAGCCACAGCCCAGCCAAGUGCCAGCAAAGGAGUUGAGACUACUGAAAAUCACCAAUCUGGUUGAAAUGUUGGUAGAUUGAUUGGAAAGGCUCUGCCUGUGAAGUUUUGUAGAGAGAGACAGUGCACCUCCUGAGUACAGUCACCCUUGACUGACUACACAGUAUGAUGCGGCUAACUUGUAAUUAUUACCCCAGAAAAUCCCACUUUUCUCCUGCCAUAUCAUUUAUCCUGCUUAUUUCUUAUUUCUUUAGUGGUGUGAAUAUGCUUUAUAGUAUGAGUAAAUAUUUGAUGAUUCUGAAGUAAUGAUGGAAUAAGGUUUUUUUUUCUUCUCUAUUUGAUGGAGGAAUUUCGUGUGCCCUAAUGCUUGGAGGGCUGGAAUUGUUGAAGAGAUUACAAGUAGUUCGUUUAAAGCUUGAGAGUGUUUGGGCACCCACAAGAGGGUACUAGGCAGUGAAAUCAACAGAUAUAUUCCUUGCUCAUCUUCCCUCCUUUCCCUUUAAUGGUAAAAGUUUUUGUUUCUGAUAUUUUCUGCUUCAAAUUUCAACAUUCCAACAGUGGGGUUCAUCUAUAGAAUGAACAUGAAGAGAGACCAAUUCUAUCAGAUAUGUCAAAAUGGAAAUGCCUUGGAAGCUUAUUUAUUACCAAAAAGAGAGAAAGGGAGAGAACCUUCUCCAAUAUAAGAUCACUUCGAAUGUGUAACAAGAUCAUAUUAUGAGAAGUAUUGCCACAGUGCUACUUGAUGUAUAAUUUGAGGAAUGAACAAGAACAGGAGGGUGAAAAAAGGAAUCACCAGAAGAAAUAAUCCCAGCAAGCAUAUAGAAAGGGAUGGCAUUGAAUAAGUGACUUCUUCUGCCUAAAACAUUCUCCAACUUUCAAUAUGAAGAGGAAAACAUACAUAUACCAGUGUGGAGACUGCUAGCUGUGCUACUGCAGAAACUCACUUUAUGGAAAAACAUAUUGAAUA